AUGGCUCGUGCACGUGCGAUUGAUACGCGCCUGGAGAAGUUGCUUCCCUCCCUUGAGGAGUACUUCACAAGCGGGUUUCUUACGCGCGAGGAGACGCAGGAGGUUGCGCGGCAGCGGGCACACUGGGAGUACCGUCUUGUCGCAAAACCUCUGCUUCUGUUGGACGUGCAGAAUGCCGUGGUGUAUGAGCUGGGGCUGGAGAGGCGGAUACAGGAGUACUGCAGGACAACGAAGCUGGUGCUACGGCAUCGCUGGGCCGUGCUGGAGCGCAUUGAGACCAUCUACCGCAUUGGCAUCAAACACAUCAAGGAUAGGGAGGAGUCAGAACUGCUGCGCAACGAGUUUGUUCAAUUCCUAAAGGCGCACAAUCGUCACUCCAGUCUUUCGGCGCUCUACGGCGAGCUCAUGGUGCGCUACCCGACCCGCAGCUCUCUUUGGGUGGAGGCCGCCCUUUACGAAGGGAUCGAGAUGGGUAACACCGACAACGGGCGUGCCAUUGUGCAGCAGGCCAUCCUCACCGCUGGCACGCAGCCGGAGGUGUGGGACGCUGCACUACUCCUGGAACUUCACUUUGCCGAUCGCCUACUGCGGGGCCUGGUGGAGGAGGGCGCGAACAAGGCGCCACACGCCUCCGAACACGACAUUGUGGAGGAGUUGCGGGCCGAGAACGCGGCUCUGGCCAAUGUGGUUGUGGACCUGGCCUUGGUGCGGGCUGUCGUGGGGGAGGCCCUUGAAAGUCCGGCUUGUGGUCCAAGGUUAGUGCGGCUUCUGCUGGAGAGCGCUAUGCGGUUUAGUUUUACCAAGUCGGUCGUGCAGGAGCUGAUGGCGUCCGCCGCGUCAAAAAUGAUCUCCACACUAACAUCUGGCGAUGCGUCCACCGGCAAUGCCUCGCACCACUGGAGCGAAGCAGGGCUUUCCCGCUUUGUGCUGGACUUCUUGAGUAUUGAUGUGCUCAUGCUUGACCAUGGCGUCACGGGGGAUGCCGCAUUAUUCCUGCGCUCCGGGGGUCGGCUUCGGGCCUCCACGCCUGCCGAACGCACGGCAGCCCUUGUGAAGGCGUUCACCGCGGCUCUGACGCUCGCGCAAACCGAGGGAAUGUCCUCGUUUUUGAUUUUGGGACGACUGCGGGAGACAGCGAUUGCCGAGCUGAAACCGCUGCUGGAGGCGUUGCAGAAGUUAACUUCAUUGAGCGGUGUCUCCACCGUGUGCCGUCGUCUUAUUUCUGAACAGCACCUUGCUGUAGAGGAGGCGGUGCAGUGUUUGGGCGGGCCAACGGACGCAGCUAUGCUGCAGCGGUUGGCAAAUGGUGCAGCUGAACGGGUCCAGGCAGUUCUGCAGGGGCUUCAAGAGGCACCCGCAAGUGUUAAAAAAGUCAAACAUGAGGAAACAAGCACAAGGAAGAGAAUGUGGCGGCUAUUGCCUUUUCUGUUGCCUGCUGAUCGAAAGGCAGUGGGGACGGCUGUUCCGCGGUCCACGACACGUUGCGCUACUGAGGAUGACGUUGAGCAGUUGGUUUUUUCGCAGGGCGAUGGGAAGGAUGACGCCGCGCUGGAGCACGCCCUGACGUUAUUUUUGCGGGAGUUUCACCUUAUAGGACAUGAUGAGGGAAUUGAGGGCAUCCAUCAGCUGCGGUUCGUGAUGGCAACGACUCCCAUCGUCCUAUGGAAGGUGUUCCACCUCCUGGAACUGCGCUGCAAACCGAAAGGGGCAUCUGCUCGUGGGCCGUCGUCCGUGAGCCGUGACAGUGACAGUGACAGUGACAGCGACAACGACGGCGACGGCGUUGGGCAGAGGAAUCAGGGAAGAACGACCGUGGACGAUACAAGUUACGCGUCGGCAGGUCUAAAGUUUCUUGCCAGUGUGCCGCAGGGCCUUCUGGAUCCCCGGGCGGAGGAAGAGCGGCUUGAGGGCUGUUGGGGUCUGAUGUCUGCUCGCGUGCAAACCUUGACUGGGAUGCGGGGUAGUACGACCCGCGCCGAUUUCAUUGGCUGUCUGCAGCGCAGCAGUAGCGACGCCUGGGUGGAGAGUUUGCGCUCUUUGCUUCGCGUGGCUUGCCUGUGCGAACCGAUUCCACGUCGGGCGCACGUUGAGAUCGCCAUCCCGUUUCUCGAGGCUGUGGCGCUGGAGAGAGGCGGAAAAGACAGCAAUGCCGUGCAGGAGGCGCGAGGUGCCCACGAGCGUCUUUUAGGAAUGUACGCGCUGUCGAAGCACCCGAGCAGUUUUCCACCGCUCGUGCAGCAGUUACCGCGGCGGGAAGGGACGAGCUGCAGACUUGCACCGGCGGAGAUGAAUGCCGUCGAUUGGGCCAGACUCGUGGUUUUUGAGCGCGACGUGGCGAAGGAUUUGCGGCGCGCGAAGGAGGCAGCGGCGCGGGCGCGGCGACUGUCGUUGGCGCCACAGCGGCUUUUGUCGCUCCUCAACGCCUAUUAA